GGGAGAUGGUUCUUGAGGUCCCAGGGUGGGUGAUAGCUGUGUUCUGUCUUCAUUCUCAGUGAGCAAUGGCAGGCGCUGGUGAGCGCAAAGGCAAGAAGGAUGACAAUGGCAUUGGCACAGCCAUUGAUUUUGUGCUCUCCAAUGCCCGGCUGGUGCUGGGGGUGGGUGGAGCAGCCAUGCUGGGCAUUGCCACACUGGCAGUUAAGCGGAUGUAUGACCGGGCGAUCAGUGCCCCAACCAGCCCCACCCGCCUGAGUCAUUCAGGGAAAAGGAGCUGGGAAGAACCAAACUGGAUGGUCCCCCGACUGCUGAACAGGGACAUGAAGACAGGCCUGAGCCGGUCCCUGCAGACCCUUCCCACAGACUCUUUGGCCUUUGACACAGAUACAUUCUGCCCGCCCCGGCCCAAGCCAUUGGCCCGGAAGGGCCAGGUAGACUUGAAGAAGUCACGACUCCGCAUGUCCCUGCAGGAGAAACUUCUUACUUACUACCGGAACCGGGCAGCCAUCCCUGCUGGAGAGCAGGCUCGGGCCAAGCAAGCUGCCGUGGACAUAUGUGCUGAGCUCCGGAGCUUCCUACGGGCCAAGUUGCCUGACAUGCCACUUCGGGACAUGUAUCUGAGUGGCAGCCUCUAUGAUGACCUGCAGGUGGUGACUGCUGACCACAUCCAACUUAUCGUGCCCCUUGUGCUGGAGCAGAACCUGUGGUCAUGCAUCCGAGAGGACACGAUCAUGAAUGUCCCUGGCUUCUUCCUGGUUCAUCGUGAACCAGAGUACUUUCCUCGUGGCAGCAGUUACUGGGACGCUUGCGUCGGGGGCUACCUCUCCCCAAAGACAGUAGCAGACACUUUUGAGAAGGUAGUGGCUGGCUCUAUUAACUGGCCGGCCAUAGGGUCCCUCUUGGACUAUGAUCGGCCAGCUCCACCUCCAGAGGCCCUGACACUUGAAGUGCAGUGACGGGACAAACAUCUUGUCAUUGACUUCCUACCAUCGUUGACCCUUGGUGACACAGUUUUGGUGGCCAGACCACACCAGCUAGCCCAGUAUGACAACCUGUAGCGGCUGAGUUUGCGUCCUGAAGCACGUCUGCAGGCUUUGGACCAGGCUGAAUCAGGCUGCCAAUCGCUGUGCCUCAAGAUACUCAAGGCCAUAUGCAAGUCCACUCCAGCUCUGGCCCUCACUGUCAGCCAGCUAACCAAUGUCAUCCUCCACUUGGCCCAGGAGGAGGCUGACUGGUCUCCAGAUAUGCUAGCUGACCAUUUCCUGCAGGCUCUGAGGGGACUCAUCAGCUACUUAGAGGCAGGAGUCCUGCCCAGUGCCCUAAACCCCAAGGUGAACUUAUUUGCAGAGCUCACUCCUGGAGAAAUAGACAAAUUGGGAUACACUCUCUAUUGCUCAUUGUCUGAGCUGGAAAUGCUGCUGCAGACCUAGGGCAGUGAAGGCCAGAGCAGGGGUUGGGCGGUCAGGCACUGGAGUCACCAAUGGAGACAGCUGGCUACAUGGCUGGUGCCUCACAGGGUCCCUAGGUGCCUCCUGUCUUGCUGGUCACCUUCCUGGUCACUUCAUGCUGAUUAGA